UCUGGAUAUAGAGGAACACAUUAUAGUCAAUUAUUAGACAGGGCCUUGAAGUACUGUGUCAACACACCGGCUCAGAUAACACUAAACAACUGGAUGGAUUUCAGGUGAUAGUUAAUUCAACAUGCCGACUAGAAUAGCGGAACAGACCGCAAGGUGAUGGACGUUAAACGGAAAAGAAACGGAUCCUGGAUUUAAGAGCACUCAUCGGAAUUUACCGAGAGCAGCCAUUCAUAUCUGUGAAUAUGAAUCCCCAUGAAUAUGACUCCUCCAUGUCUGGGCUUGUCUCAGUCUCGCCGCUUCUGCCUCAAGUUAAACGGCAGGAAAAAUGAGCGUCGCCGGGCUUCCUGUAGCAGAGCUUUCCCAUGGGUCUUGAUAUGAAACAUCAGAUGUUCUGGCUCUGUCUGCUCAGCCUGAGCCUCCCUCUGUUGUUUUGGUUUGGACACGUGAUCACACGGGACGGUCUGUCUCACGUUCUGCAAAGCAACGGACUCAGGGGCUAUAUGAGGAUCACGCCCGGCAGGAUGGACCAGAUCCUUUACAUGCACUGCAGCCAGUGUGCCUUGGUCUCCAGCUCAGGUCAGAUGUUCGGAGCUGGCGUUGGAGAAGAGAUAGACAAAGUCGGAUGCGUGAUCCGGAUGAACAAUGCACCCACACAGGGGUAUGAGAAAGACGUAGGGAACAGCACCAGUGUUCGGGUUGUCUCUCACACCAGUGUUCCCUUGCUGGUAAAAAAUGAGCACUACUAUUUCCAGCAAUCAGCAGACACCACAUAUGUGUUCUGGGGUCCUGAGAGGAACAUGAGGCAAGACGGGAAAGGACACGUCUAUAAUACUCUCCUGAAAAUAGCAGAGAAGUACCCAAAAGUCAGAAUCUAUGCUGUGACAACAGAGAAGAUUCAGUACUGUGAUGGCGUGUUUCAGAAUGAAACUGGGAAAAACAGAAUGAAGACGGGGGCGUUUCUCAGUACUGGAUUCUUCGCAAUGAUUCUGGCUAUAGAUAUGUGUGACAGCAUCCAUGUUUAUGGAAUGAUCGACGACAACUACUGCAGUCGAGCCAAUCACAGCGUCGUUCCUUACCAUUACUACGAGAGGAACCGAAUCGACGAGUGCAAGAUGUACAGGUUCCACGAGCACACACAACGCGGGGGACAUCGCUUCAUCACUGAGAAGGCCAUAUAUGCCAAAUGGGCAACACGCCACAAGAUGGAGUUCAAACACCCCUCUUGGAGCCUCUAACGAUGUUUAAACUCAGAAGAUGUUGAAUGUACAGUUGUAAUACAGUUUUUUCUGGCUUUUAGUCUUCUUUACUAAAGAUUUUGAGAGUUUUUAAAUAGAAAAAAUUAAUUCCAUUUAAUGCUGGCAUAGUGGAUAAAAUAAUCCGCAGCCAUAAAUAUAAAAUAAUGCUUUAGAUGUACCAGAUGUAAAAGUCAGCUGGUACCACUGUCAGUAUUACUGAACACUUACCGUUAUGUAUAGCCAUAUAUCAGUAUACUGACAAAGCAUUAAGCCACUAAACUAGAACGUAAAACCAGUUUAUACCAAAGCUUUUUUUUAUACCCAUGCCUUGACUUUCAGUCUUAUUUUGCACAUGUAUUCAAUAACGAUUUGAUGCUGCAACCAGGCGUGCAGCUACAAUAUGCACCUUUGUUUAAGGCUGCAACUAACGAUAACUAGCUGCCCUUUAUUUUCUCAAUUAAUCAGUUCAUCAUUUGUUCUACAAAUUGUCAGAAAGUAGUAAAAAAGAAGACUUUUUUUAAGAAGACUUAGAAGACUAAGAAAACCAGCAAAUAAUCCCAUUUGAGAAGCUGGAUCCAGAAUAAUUUUUUGUGUGCAUUUUCGCAGAAAGAAAGACAAAAAAAGCUGCUGAUUAUUUAUCUGUCAAUCAGCUGAUUGAUUCAUUGAGUAAUUGUUUCAGUUUACUUUCCCUGACUGCAACCAGUUACAGUGUUGUAAUGCUUGAAGUAGUAGUAGUAGUAGUUAGCUUCUGAUUUCAGCAAUACAUUUUAUUUUAAUGUUAACGGUGUCCACAUGUUUCCAUUGGGAGCUGAGUGCCAUUUAACUCAAUGAGAGAUCAUGCAGUGUGUAGUUGUGGAGAAUGUGGGGAUGGAGCGCAGUAACAUAUGUAAACGUGAUGGCACGUAUACGAACCACAGAGAAGUAUUCACUGCAGAGAGGUCGACAGACCACAGUCCUCUGAUAUACAGCCCACAGCUUCAGUGGCCAACAAACAGUAUUAAAAACAACGAGCAUGAUGGGAAAAUACAAGCAGUUCUUUGUGGCUGACGGGACAAAUGCGGUUUGGUGUUUUGUUUUAAGCAUAGGUUACUUUCCCUUCGAAUUUCUUCUGCUGGUUUACAAUGAAAAACAUAGCGCUGCCUUUUUCAGUCACGUAAUCCUGAUUUUGUGACAAAUUCCAAAGACUGUAAUAUUAUUUGCACUACUGAGCAAACUACUGUGUCAAAGUAUUUCACGGUAAUUUACAUUUCAGACCGGAAUUGUUUGAAUUAAUAUGAUUAUUGACUUUUUGGGAACCACAGAUUUAUGUGGUGAACUGUGCAAAGUACAAACUUGAAUGUAAACUUGACCACUGGUUACUGCAGAUGGGUGCAAACAUGAAUAAAUCUGCUGACAGUCUGCAUGUGUGUGAGCUCGACUUUGAGUGAGACUAUAUACAAAUGGUAUUAAUGUCUGUCAUGUUUGAACCACUUGAACUGUGUCUACACAUGGGAAUGCAGUGAAAGGCUCUACGCACACGUGGUCCACCCACACAGGCGUUGUCACUGAUUAGACUUCUUGGCCGGACAGUGAAAAGUCAAAUUGAGUGGUGCGUGUCAUGCUAUUUUGUAAAUUCUAAGGAUUUCUUACCUUAUGCAAAAAACAUUCAUAUUGAACCUCUUCAUAUACAAAUCAACCCAGAUUUAGUGUGAACCUCUGAAUUUGCAACCUGAUGGAAAAUGUACGGCCCUUUUAAGCUACAAAUGGAGAUAUGGUGUACACACGUAAUGAAGUUUACCCAGAACAUCGCAUAACAACCUUAUUUUAUAAUCCAUUAAAAUCCACCUUUAAUCAGGAUAAACCUAUUUUCUGACUAACAAUAAUAUCAUGGAUGUGUACCUGACAAAUAUUUCAGAUCGCCAAUGUAAUACUUUGUCAAAUACCUCAAAUUAAUUUAGGAGACGUAAAUAUAAAUGAUUUGUAAUGAUUCUUCUCUUGGAUAUCGAGCUCAUGCAUUUUUUUUAUUAUAGUACAAUUUUAAAGGGAACUUCGAAAUAA